AUGGCUAACUUGUCGUCGUUUCAAGUCCCCAUGCUCAAUAAGAGCAGUUUCGAUAAUUGGAGUAUCAAGAUGAAAGGGUUAUUGGGAGCCCACGAUGCUUGGGAGAUCGUGGAGAGUGGCUACGAGGAGCCGCAAGACGAGACCGGUCUAUCCCAACAACAAAGGGAUAGAUUGCGAGAUGCGAGAAAGAGAGACAAGAAAGCUCUCUAUCUCAUGUACCAAGCUCUAGGGGACGACGAUUUCGAGAAGAUCUCGAGUGCAAGCACUGCCAAAGAAGCGUGGAAGAAGCUCCAAAUCUCGUGUAUUGGAGCGAAUCGAGUAAAGAAGGUACGUCUCCAAACUUUAAGAGGAGAAUUUGAAUCUUUGCAUAUGAAAGAGUCCGAAACAAUUUCGGAUUACUUUUCAAGAGUUUUGGCGGUGUCAAAUCAAAUGAAAAGAAAUUGUGAAAAAUUGGAGGAUGUUAGAAUUAUGGAAAAAAUAUUGCGUUCUCUAACUCCUAAUUUUGAGCACAUAGUAGUCACAAUAGAAGAAACAAAAGAUUUGGAGGAAAUGAGUAUCGAUCACUUAUUGGGAUCGCAACAAGCAUACGAGGAGAAACAAAAGAAGAAACAAGAAAUUGUGGAGCAACUUCUAAAGUUGCAAGUAAGUACAAAGGAUAAAGAAGAAAGUUCGGGCAAUGGUGGUGGUCGACAAGGAAGAGGCCGCGGACAAAGACAAGAGCGCGAUCGUGGUCGAGGAUAUGCUCGUGGACGUGGACGAGGAUAUUUUGCAAAUAAUGAAUAAAGAAAGGAGUUCCCAAAUAAGGGGCGAGGAAGGAGUUCCCCACAGUCGAGGUACGAUAAAUCUUCAAUAAAGUGUUACAAUUGUCAUAGAUAUGGGCACUAUGCUUCCGAGUGCAGAGAUGCAAAAUCAAAAGUUGAAGAGAAGGCUAAUUACGUGGAGAAUAUGAAUGAAUAAAAUGGUUGUGUCCUUCUAGCUUAUAAAGGAGAAGCUGGGAGAAAAGAUGAUACGUGGUACCUCGACACAGGAGCGAGCAAUCAUGUGUGCGGGAACAGAAGCAUGUUCGUGGAGCUUGAUGAAUCAGUAAGUGGCAAUGUCUCCUUUGGUUAUGAAUCUAAAAUUCCAGUUAAAGGGAAAGGCAAGAUAUUAAUUCGUUUGAAGAAUAGAGCUCAUGAUUUUAUUUCUAACGUAUAUUAUGUGCCCAAUAUGAAAAACAAUAUAUUGAGUCUUGGACAACUCCUAGAGAAAGGUUAUAACAUUCAUAUGAAAGAUUAUAGCCUUUCAAUAAGAGAUGGCAAAAAUAAUUUGAUAGCCAAAGUGCCAAUGUCCAAGAAUAGAAUGUUUUUAUUAAAUGUUCAAAAUGAUGUGGUGAAAUGUCUUCAAGCAUGUUAUAAAGAUAAGUCUUGGCUAUGGUAUCUUCGAUUUGGGCACUUAAAUUUUGGUAGCUUAAAAUUGUUAUCAAAUAAAGAAAUGGUACGAGGAUUACCACCCAUCAAGCACCCCGAUCAACUCUGUGAAGGAUGCUUAGUUGGAAAGCACUUCAGAAAGCCAUUCUCAAAGGAGUCGAGUUCGAGAGCUCAGAAGCCAUUGGAGGUAAUCCACGCAGAUGUGUGUGGACCAAUCAAGCCAAGCUCCCUCGGUAAAAAUAAUUAUUUCCUACUAUUUAUCGAUGAUUUUUGAAGAAAAAUGUGGGUAUAUUUCUUGAAGCAGAAAUCAGAAGCAUUUGAUGCUUUCAAGAAGUUGAAGGCUGCCGUAGAGAAAGAAAGCGGUCUAGAGAUCAAAGCAAUGAGGACCGACCGAGGUGGAGAAUUCACAUCUAGGGAGUUUCAAGAAUUUUGCAAACAAAGUGGAAUUCGGCGGCAAUUGACGGUUCCAAGAUCCCCCAGCAGAAUGGAGUGGCCGAACAAAAGAACAGGACUAUCGUUGAGAUGACUCGGAGUAUGCUAAAGACAAAGAAUUUUCCCUAUGAGCUAUGGGCAGAAGCAGUGGCGUGCGCUGUAUACCUGUAUAAUCGGUCUUCAACCAGAAGUGUGUGGGGAAUGAAUCCUCAAGAAGCUUGGAGCGGAAGAAAAUCAGGGAUCGUUCACUUGAGAGUGUUCGGGAGCAAAUCUUAUGCACAUGUACCAGAUCAAACGAGGAGUAAACUCGAUGACAAAAGCAAGCCAUUCAUCUUCAUCGGGUAUGAUUCUAACACUAAAGGCUAUAAGCUAUAUGAUCCAACCUCGCAGAAAACAAUGAUUAGCCGAGACGUGGAGUUCGAUGAAGAAGGAGUAUGGGAUUUUGGCUCGGACAAUGACACCACUUUCAUACCUCCAUUUGGAGAUCCAAGAAUAGACGAGCAGAUAAGAGAGGAGCAACAAGAACAAACAACUCCACCUGCAUCUCCUGCGACAUCUGUUAGAGGCUCGCCGCCAUCUUUCUUGAAUGAAAGAGCCACACAACGCGCACGAAGUUUGGAUGAAGUGUAUGAAGACACUGAAAGGUUAGAAGAUCUUACCUUAUUCUGCUUAUUUGUUGAUUGUGAACCAGUCAACUAUGAAGAAGUUGCAGAAAGUGAAAAUUGGCGAGUCGCAAUGGAUGAAGAGAUUAAGGCUAUAGAGAAGAAUGAUACGUGGGAGUUGGUGAUACUACCAAAGGGUCAUAAGGCCAUUGGAGUUAAGUGGGUGUAUAAAAUUAAGAAGAAUUCCAAUGGUGAAGUUGAAAGAUAUAAAGCAAGACUCGUCGCAAAAGGAUAUAGCCAAAGAGCCGGAAUCGACUAUGAUGAGGUAUUUGCUCCUGUCGCUCGCUUAGAAACUAUUAGACUCUCUCUUGCUGCCCAAAAUAGAUGGAAGAUUUAUCAAAUGGAUGUAAAGUCGGCUUUCUUGAAUGGAUUUCUUGAUAAAGAAGUCUACAUCAAGCAACCUGAUGGCUACGUGGUGAAUGGCCAAGAAGAUAAAGUUCUGAAAUUGAAGAAAGCUUUGUACGGGCUAAAGCAAGCACCAAGGGCGUGGAAUAGCAGGAUCGACAAGUAUCUUGAAGAUAACAGCUUCACCAAAUGCCCACAUGAACAUGGGCUCUAUGUGAAAAGGAAAGGAAAUGAAAUGAUAUUUUAAUAGUAUGCUUGUAUGUGGAUGAUCUCAUUUUCACAGGAAACAAUCCAAGCAUGUUCGAGGAAUUCAAGAAGGCCAGACUGAAGAAUUCGAGAUGACGGACAUUGGGCUGAUGGCAUACUACCUCGGUGUGGAAGUAAAGUAACUUGAUGAUGGAGUACUCAUCACACAAGAACACUAUGCAAAGGAGAUUUUGAAGAAAUUCAAAAUGGAGGAUUGCAAACCAAUCAACACGCCGGUGGAGUGCGGGGUCAAGCUUUCUAAGAACGACAAAGGAGAAAAGGUGGACCCGACACUAUACAAGAGCUUGGUUGAAAGCCUACGGUACUUAACUUGCACAAGGCCAGAUAUAUUGUACGCUACAGGGCUCGUAAGUCGCUACAUGGAGAAUCCAACCACUACCCACUUCAAGGCAGCAAAGAGGAUACUAUGAUAUCUCAUAGGUACGAUCGACUAUGGCCUAUUUUAUUCACACACUAAUGAUUACAAGCUUGUUGGCUAUAGCGAUAGUGAUUGGGCUGGAGACAAUGAUGACCGAAAAAGUACAAGUGGAUAUGUGUUCUACAUGGGAGACACUACCUUCACUUGGAUGUCUAAGAAGCAGCCAAUUGUCACAUUAUCAACCUGCGAAGCCGAAUAUGUGGCUGCCACCUUCAGUAUUUGUCAUGCGAUUUGGCUCAGAAGUUUAUUAGAGGAGCUCGGGUGGUCACAAAAGGAGCCACAACUAGUUGUGUGGAUAACAAGUCGGCGAUUGCGCUAUCCAAAAAUCCAGUAUUUCACAACCGGAGCAAGCACAUCGACACUCGCUUCCACUACAUCAGAGAGUGUGUUGCGAAUCAGGAGAUUCAAGUCGAGUAUGUGAAAUCACAAGAUCAAGUUGUUGAUAUUUUCACAAAACCCCUCAAAUACGAAGACUUUAUUAAGAUCA